AUGGCCGGGACAACAAAUCCCGGUAAGAGGCUACUCAUGGAAAGACCCUCCGGCUUUGACCAAUCUCGUUUUGCCAGUUUAACCAACUGGCCUUUGUGCGCACAGGCUGGCAAGCUCUUUGCCAGUCUCCAAAAAGCUGAGAAUAAGAAGAAGAAGAAGUACACCCAGAGAACGGCUUUGCGAAACAUUUGGCGCUUCAAGUCCGGAGGGCAGAGAAAACUCUCUUCACCUCUGGUCUGCAGAGCUGCCAGAUCUUGA